CACCAUCCUUUUCAGGUGGCGGUCCCUCAGAUUGGUAAAAGGUUCUCUAUUUCCAUGUCAUUUCCUCCCAAGUGCACAAACAUGGAAGCCUACCAAAAAGUUCCGUCAGCCCAUUUAAAAUCUAUAUACCCUUUCAAAUCCAAAACAACCCAAAACAAGAAGAAGAGAGUAAAAAAAUAAAUCAAACAUCCAUGGAUGAAACCAAUGAAGCCAUGUCUCAAAUCCUCCAUGGGUGCAAACUAGCAAAAGACCUUGAAUCAAAACUCCGUUAUUUAGAAAACCAACCUCAUUUUCUCUCUUCUUCAUGUGAAGAAAUCACUAAAGCCUUCAACAAGGCCAUUGGCCUACUGAAUUCCGAUAGCCAGCACAUGAUCUUUGGAGAAUCAUCGUCCCAGCCGUGUGGUGGUCCACAGUCAGGCACCCGUGUGCCACAGGACCUCCUGAGCGGCUACACCCAACCCAUGGAUCUUUUCCAUUCCAAUGCUUUGGCUGGAAGCAACCUGUUCAACGUCGGCGUGCUGUCGGAACGUGAGGGCCUGCUCGAGCUGGGAUCGGAAAUCCCGACCGGGUCUAGCCUUAUGGAAUAUUGUAGCGCUGGGGAAACUGACGGUUUUCCGCACUCGGGCUCAAGCGGAGAAAUCAAGGCUGCCGAGGUAUCUGAUUCUGGCAUGAGUUCUCCUACGGCGGGAGCUCUGUCCGUUGCAAGAUCCAGGAGCAGGAAGGAUGCUGGUGAGAAACGGACAAUAACAGUACCAGCCCCACGUGAGGGAAACACGGAGACUCCACCGGACGAUGGAUUCACCUGGAGGAAGUACGGACAGAAGGAGAUCCUCAACUCAAAAUUCCCCAGGGGCUACUACCGAUGCACGCACAAGAACUACUACGGCUGUGAGGCGAAGAAGCAAGUUCAACGUCUGGAUGAUGAUCCCCUCAUGGUCCAAGUGACCUACUGUGGCCACCAUACGUGCCAGACCUCGCCAACACCUCUCGUGCUGUCCACAACGGAAACCCAACAUGGCAUGCUAGUCACAACACAAGGGCCUUCCGUGUCUACCUCCAUUCAUCUGGGUAGCUGGUUUUCUAGCCACCUCGACGCCACCGAAAAGAACAAAAAUGCACCUAUGGACCCACACGCGCAAAUGUACAGGGGCUUCCAUGGCACGGGCGAAAGAAGCACUGCGCAUGGCGAAUCUUCUUCGCAUGGGCGAGGUGGGAAAGAGAUGGAGACUAGUGCUGAGGAUCUUGCCGAAUUCAUGUUUAAUCAGGGAGGUAGUGGCAAUAGCAUUGAUGCAAUUUUCUCUCCCAAAAAAGAGGAUUGAUUAGGAACGUGUGAUGUGAAUAUGUGGGGGAACUGUUUGGAGAGGUGAGUCAUGGCACACGUGCCAAUAUAAUAGACACGUGAGAAGUCCUGACCAUGAGCUAUAGGUGGGGCACUAUCUGACAUGCGCCUGUCCGGUGACAGGUGAGCAACAGGUGAUACAUUGUUCAUUUUCUUUCCUAGGUCAUGUUAGCAAUUGCCCACCUGAUUUUUGGUCUGGAUCUUGCAUGUGUAUGACGUUGGCAUGUGUGCAGAAAUUCACCUCUCCAAUCUCUUGUUGUGCGAAAUACCCAGCAUUCGGCUGGUGUCUUUCGAUAAACCUCACACGGUGAGGGUAAUGAGACUACUCUUUUUUCCAUUUAUUUGGUGUCGUAAUAGUAGAAAGUGAUGUAACUUUUAUUUUUGGUUAUAUGCGUCUUUCCCAGAGACAUGCUGAGGCACAGGUGACCUACGACGUUUGUAUGAGAUCAUAGAAAGGAGGAUAUGAAUUUAGUAGAUCUAUGCACAUGUUAAAUUUAUAAAUCUAAAUUGGAUUUGAAUUUGGUAGAAUAAAGAUACAAAUUCAUGAAUCUAAGAAGCAUUUAUUGUAAGAAAAUAACUUUUGUUACUCUUAACAGUAUCUCUUUUUAGUGGAUUAGCCUUUUUUUUCUAAGGUCCUGUUUAGUUUUCAAAUUAGAAUAAUAAAUGCCUGUAAAUGAGUAACGAUUAUUUAUUCUUAUUGUAGGGUGACAUCACUUAUAUUUUGCUGCGAUGAUUAUUUUGUUACAUUGUUUGUUUCACCCAGAUCAUGUAAAAUUGUAUUUUUUAUAAUGCAAAAAUGUACUGAUUACAAUAUACUUUACCUA